AUGGAACGCCUCUAUGUAGCGGAUCGAGUCCGUCUUCGUGCAGUUUGCAAGGAUUGGCAUCUACAACCGAAUCGUGAGAUUAAAUCCAUUGAUAAGUUGCCAUGGACAAUGGAAUACAAAUGGCGGAACCCAAAAUCAAUUUCUUUCUGGAGUGUUUGCAAGCUCUACGAACCGCUUCAUCAUAACAGAAGACUUUCUUAUAUGGUAGAAAAGGGAAGAAUGAGAGGGAGGAAAAACUUCGCGAAAGCUGAGGUACGUGCUUCCAGAUACGGCUGGGUCCUUUUCUACAAGGAUGACUACUGGCAAGGAAAGUUCUUCUUCUUUAACCCUUUUACUAAAGAGGUGAUAUUUCUUCCUUGCUUGGAGUCACCUGUGUCUGAAUUCGCCACAUUCUCUUUGGCUCCAACUUCUCCCCACUGUUUUGUGUUUGUUCCAUAUGAACGCAAUUGCAAUGAAAUUUCAAUAAACAUAUACAGCCAUGCGGAUAAAACAUGGAAGACCCAUGACUUAGUGGCUAAUGAUCAUCCUCUUGGCACCCUGAAAGCUGUAGGCUACAUGGAAGGAACUUUCUACUGUCACUUUAGUAGCUUCCAUCUUGCGGCCUUCAACAUUGCUGACCAAGAACUCAGUCUUGUGAUGACAACUUGUCCAGCGAUGGAUCAUCUUGAUGAUUCUUUGUUUAACUACUUUUCUCGAAGUUACUUGCUUGAAUGUGAGGGAGAUUUGUUACUCGUAUAUUUAUUCGAAAGCUUGUUGUGCUGGCAUCAGUUGUAUGUAUUGAAGUUGGAUUGGUCGAGGAAUGAAUGGGUGCGUGUGAGUAGGCUGGGGGGCCGUGCGAUGUUUCUGGGUGAGACCUCGUUCUGCGUAUCAGCAGGGGGAGAGACAGAGAUAAUAGCAAACAGGAUCUACUACCACCACGACGGUGUUCCAGAGUUUCAAACCCUGGAUUUAUGUAGCUUCGAUGAGUAUGACUCUCGAGACCAUGAUUAUUUAACUUGGCAGAAGGAAAAGAAAAGAGAAGCGGGGAAUGCCAAGAUUUAUGGCUACUGUAGGAAAAGCCUAAAGACCAUAUGGAUUCAACCUCCUCAAGACUCGUAG